CCGUCUGUGGAUGUCAAGAGGCAAAGGAGCAUGAAGUUCAGUCUCUAUCCAGCACAACCUCGAACAACUCCCAGAAGCCCAACACCUUCCGGCCCCACGUCUCCAGUGUUUCCAACAUCUCCGCAGCUUCCGCCAUCGCCUCUUCCUUCAAGAGAAGACUCUCUGCCCAGCCACCACCGUCCCUACACCUCACAUCACGAGGGACCAAGAUCUUUCACCACGCCUCCACAGCUAUCACAGAGUCUCCACAAGAAGCUCUCUGAAGCAUCACGGUUACGAGCCCUGAAUAAUGGCUACAAAUCCAACUCUUCCGAUGGACCGCACACCCAAGAACGACACACCCCAGAUCCUCUAAUAGAGAACUUCUCACGGCCUCGACAACCGAGUUUACGGCGGCGAAACGAAUCACCUAAUACCACAAUCCACAGCCCAGCGGGCUUCCCCCUCUCAGCACACGAUGAAGAACAGACCCCCACAGACCUUGCUUCUUCUAGAGACAGGGGAUUCUCAACUUCAUCCUCCCAUUCUGUUGCACAUACCCCAGCCUACCCCCUCCGACCUUCGACUUCUAUCCCAGACUACCAGACCGCAGAUUCCAUCCAUUCAAGACAGCGAAAUCUUAAUAAUUCAGCAUACAAACCGAGCAGGGGCCUCAGUCGGCCAGAUAGUAAUUACUCGGCGCACCGACGGGAACCUAUUACACGACCUACCGGUCUGGAGAGCGAGGAAAUACGAGCCAGUUUCCGGUCAGCGCUAACCACUAAUUCGAGCUUCAUGGGCACGAGCGGGACGGAGAGAAGUAGUGUAAUGACGAAGAGCAGUUCGGCAACAUCCAUCUUCGGCAGGGAUGAGGGGAUGAGCGUCGACGAUGCGAUUGGGAUGUAUGAAAGUGGAUUUGGAGACUCGGGCGUAGAAGACAACUAUGGAGGGAGACCAAUGACAGCAAGCUCGGAGCAGAAGAGGAUAUCGGGGCUGGAAGAGGCAAUGAAUGAUACGCUGGAGGUGCCAAAUACGGGGCAUGCAAUAAUCAGGGAUUCCACGACCAUCUUCACACCAGGUGGAUUGGACACCCCUAGUCCACGGCACAGCGCGAUGGAUGGGUCAAUGGACGUCCAAGAGAGCUACUUUGGCUCCAAGCCUGCAAGCCGACCAGUCACGAGUACGCCCCCAACAAAAUUCGAUGAAACAAGGGAUCGAUACGGCUUCAAGAAGAAAAAUCAACAUAUCUCGGUAGCUCAAUAUGACGCCUGGAACGGUCCAUAUACAGAAUAUCUUGCUCGACGACGGAAGAAGUGGCUGGCUAUGAUGAAGGACAACGGGUUGCCGGCAGAGAAGCCUGAAAGAUUCCCGCCCAAAUCCAGGAAGGUAAAACACUUCGUCAGGAAAGGCAUUCCGCCGGACUGGAGAGGCGCAGCGUGGUUCUAUUACGCAGGUGGCCCAGAAAUGAUCGCCAAACAUCCUGGGGUAUAUGAGGAUUUGGUCCGAAAGGCUGCAGCUGGAAGCGUCAGCGAGACAGACGACGAAAUCAUCGAGCGUGAUCUGAACCGGACUUUCCCUGAUAACAUCAAGUUCAAGCCGGAUCCACCUCCAGGAGACGCCCGCAACAGCCAGCGUACUAUCGUUGACCCAGAGACACCCAUUUUGCAGUCCCUUCGAAGAGUCCUCCAAGCAUUCUCCAUCUAUAAUCCCCAGAUUGGGUACUGCCAAUCACUUAAUUUCCUUGCUGGCUUGCUGCUACUCUUCAUGGAUGAAGAGAAAUCCUUCUGGAUGCUCAACAUUAUUACUCGUGUUUACCUCCCUGGAACACACGAACUCAAUCUCGAAGGUGCAAAUGUCGAUCUUGGCGUCCUUAUGAACAGCAUCAAAGAGAUGAUGCCUUCUAUCUGGGCCAAGAUUGGGGGCGAACUUGACGGCUCCGCAUUCACAUCACACUCGAUGCGCUUGCCUCCCAUCACCCUUUGCACCACUGCUUGGUUCAUGUCCUGCUUCAUCGGCACACUCCCAAUUGAGACGACACUUCGAGUCUGGGAUGUCUUCUUCCUCGAAGGCAGCAGGACGCUCUUCCGCAUCGCGCUCACGAUUUUCAAGGUUGGAGAAGCGGAAAUCAAGGCCGUGAAUGACCCGAUGGAAAUAUUUCAAGUCGUGCAAACCAUUCCACGAAGAUUAAUUGAUGCGAAUGCGUUGAUGGAAGCCUGCACAAAACGCCGCAACGGCUUUGGACAUCUCAGCCAAGAAGCGAUCGAGAAAGGGAGAGCGGAGCGGCGACGUGGGUAUGCGGAGGAGAGG